CAGGAUUAUCGGGGUCUUUAAGGGGGGGGUUUUAGUGUUUUUAGGAUUAAAAAUAAAAGAUAAAUAUGUAAUUAAGGUGAAGACGUCCCUUAAAUGGAGCAUUGAAGAGGCGUCUCUUCUUAACACUUGUCACGCAUUGAUGGCAUUUCUCUCCCGAGACGAAACUAAACCUUUCGUUUGGUCAUUCAUCGUCGACUCCGCUUCUCUCUCUCGUGCUCUCUCUCUCUCUUGCGUCGAGUCGACGGAAUCAAGCGGUGUUCUCUCGUCGACGGAAUCAAUCGGCGGUGCUGUCGGUGUACUCGUCGUAUCUCACCCUCUUCUUGACGGAAUCAAGCGGAAUCAAUCGCUGAUCACUCGACGACUCCGCGUCUCUCUCUCUCACCUCGACGACACCUCGUCUCUCUCCCUCUCCUCGACGAGAACCCUUCUCUCUCCCUCUCCUCGACGACGCCGCGUCUCAAUCUCUCUCCGCCUUGACUCGAAUCGAAAGGUAAUCAUUUGUUCUUGUGUUCUUCUUUCAUGCAUGUCUUUGAUAAGGCUGCUUCUUGUUCUGAUCUCAUGUUUGAUUUGUUUUGUCGGUUUGAUUCUGUUUUGCGAUGGCUCUCUACGACGGCGACGGAGCUCUCUGCGGUGGCUCUCCUCUGAUCAAAAGAGAGGAUCAAAGACGUUUUUUGUUGCUUGGAAAGAGACACGGGGAAGGUUCAUCGAUCAAAGGACUUCAAUUUCAAAGCAAGGUAAGGUCACGGGUGAAGAAGACAAUAAGGUAAUGGGACUAAUCAUUACCAUCAAAGCCACGUACCAUGUUGGUUUAAAACGAACAAAAUACGUGGCAUUGGUAGUAAUGAGUGUUCCCGCUACCGUAUUCAGUUGAAGAUUCACGGGUGUUUGGUCAGGUCACGGGUCUUUCAUGUCACGGAGUAGCUAGACUGAGAUGUACUCGGUUGUGUCAGGUCAUGGGUGUUGGCGUUUUGUAACGGGUGAUCACGGGUGUUGUAAAUUCGCGGGUCUUGUAUGUAUUAUGCAUGUGGGUUGAUCACGUGUGUUGUAAAUUCACACGUCUUGAAUGUAUUAUGCAUGUGUGUUGUACAUAGUUUUGUAUUAUAUGAUCACGGGUCUUGUAUUGAUCACUUCUUGUAUUAUAAAGCCACCAAACUCAUUUCAUCU